AUGGCAUCCUCAUCUACAGGUAUGUAUGUAUCUGUAGAUUUUCAUUACAAUGGAUUCUUUUCGCCAAACCCAUUGGUGUACUUAGACCCCGUAAAAACAAAUGUACGUGAUGUGGAUUUUGGGGGAUUUACGUAUAAAGAGUUUCUUUUGUGGCUUACGAAAUUAACAAAUGGAGAAUGUGAUAAUGUCUACUACUAUAUGAGAAAGGAAAGCUUGUGUGAGGGUAUUAGAAGAAUCGACAGUGAUGCUGAUUAUUGGGAGUUUGUGGAGACUGUUUAUAGUCUGGAGAGUGAUAGUCUUGAGAGUGAGUUAGAUGUGUACAUUGACCACCGAAAUGAACCAAUUCUUGAUUGGGCUGAUAACGAGUUCUUAGAAGAUGGUAAAGGGUAUGAGUUGGAUGAGUUGGAUGAAGAGGAUGACAAGGAUUCUGAAGUUUCAAUGAAAAUGGAAUAUGAACAUGAAUGGGAUGAUGAAGAUGAACAUACUUUUGAUAAAACUGUUAGAGACCCAUUCUUGGACAAACUUUCAGGGCAUAUUAGUGAUGAUGAUGAAGAGGAAGUAAACAAUGGGAAACUUAAGGAUGUUGUGUUCCCUGUCCAUAAUGAGAAUCAAGAAUGGGAGCAAAUGGUGCCAGUUUUGGGUAUGAAGUUUUCUAAUCCAUUGGAAUUGAAGUUGUGUAUCACCAACUAUGCAGUCAAAAAUGGAUAUGAUUUAUGGUAUGAGAAAAGUGAUCAUGAAAGAGGUCAGUUGCUCUCUGCUAUAGGUAGAGAUGCAAAUAACCAUAUAUAUCCCAUUGCUUGGGCUGUUGUAUCAGUGGAAAGUAAAGAAACAUGGAAGUGGUUUAUUAACCUUCUAAUUGAGGACCUUGGAAUGGGAGUUGGGCAUGGACUAACCUUGAUAUCAGACCAACACAAAGGAUUACUUGAGGCUAUGAAGGAAAGGGUCCCAGCAGCAGAGCAUAGGCAAUGUGCUAGGCACAUAUUGUUGGAUAAGGGCCAAGUGUUUAGGAAGCUUUUCUGGUAUGCUGCUGCAGCUACUACCCCUGCAAAAUUUGAACAACACAUGAAUGAAAUCAAGAAAUUAGAGCCACUAGAUUAUGACCAUUUGAUGGAAAGGGACCCUAAAACUUGGAGUAAAGCAUUUUUUCAGACUGAUAGGGCUUGUGAUGCAUAUGAAAAUGGUAUCUCUGAGAGUUUCAACUCUGUGAUUGAAGUUGCUAGGAAGAGACCACUAAUCACCAUGUUAGAAGAAAUUCGAAUUUAUGUGAUGGAGAGGCUUUAUAGACAGAAGAUUAAGGGGAAAUCUUGGGAUUUAACCAUAUGUCCUACCAUUAGGCUGAAGUUGUCCAAGCUUAAGGAUCUUCAAAGGUUUUGGAAAGUAAUACCAUCUGGUUAUCAACAGUAUGAAGUCAGACUUGGGUAUGAUGCAUAUGUUGUGGAUAUUGGUAGUAGGACAUGUGCCUGCAGAACUUGGCAGUUAACAGGUUACCCUUGUGUGCAUGGGUAUGCUUGCAUUGCAAGCCUCAACAGGGAUGUACAGGAGUAUGUGUCACCAUGGUUUACCACAUCAAUGUACCUAAACUGUUACAGGAAUACCAUUAACCCACUAAAUGGUAGUGACAUGUGGCCUCAUGUAGACUACAUCAGCCCAUUGCCCCCCAAAAGGAUAAGGCUACCAGGAAGACCAUCAACAAAAAGGAAAAGGGAUCAGAUUGAGAGGGAAAACCAAGGAAAAAAGCAUUCAAUCACAAAAAGAGGUAGUGUGAUGAAAUGCAGCAUAUGUAGGGAAAGUGGGCAUAAUAGAACAACCUGUCCUCAAAAACCAAUUGGGGAAUCAUCAAAUGCAAGUUCAAAGAAAAAGAAAUCCAAGAAAGCUGAUAAAGUGAAGGUUGUAUUGGCACAUGAAGUUGAUAUUGACAGUGACAGUGAAGUUGAAAUAGAACCUGAAAGUGAUGUUGACUCUUUUGAUCUUGAAUUUGAAGAUGAUGUGCAACCUGAAGUUGAAGAUGGAGUAGAACCUGAAGUCCAAGAUGGAGUGCAACAUGAAGUUCAAGAUGAAGUGCAAGCUAAAGUUGAACCUGAAAAUCAUCCUGAAGUUCAUGAUGCUAACCAAGUUGAAGUUCACCUCGCAGUUCAAGCUGAAGUUGAACCUGAAGUGCAAGUUCAAGUUGAAGAUGCUAACCAAAUUGUAGUUCAAGAUCAAGUGGAAAUACCAGCUUUUCAAGUUGUAGUGGGAAAGAGGGCAAGGAAACCUUCAGAAAGAAUUACAAAACUGAAGAUAAGAAAGAUGUGGGAGGGAAAACAGGGCAGUAGUGAUGACAAUCCGUAUGAGUUGGAUUAACUUUUGGCUUAUUGUACUGUUGUUAAUGUUUUUGGCAUCUUUGACUGACAUCUUUUAACUUUGGAAUCUUUUGGCACAUCUUUUGAAAACUAGUUGGAAUAGCUUAACUUUUUGCACAUCUUUUGG